CGCAACUUCCUCGUGCCGUGCAGAGAUUCCAGAGAUUCCAGUGCUGCCAUGGUGCUGUGGAUGAUUGGUCUGGGUUUAGGAGAUGAAGGUGAUAUCUCCGUGAAGGGGCUCAAGGCAGUCCAACGGAGCGCAUAUGUUUACCUGGAAGCGUACACAUCAAUUCUCCCUGGUCUUGACAGAGAGACAUUGGCUGCAGCGUACGGCGUUUCUGAAAUCAUCGAAGCAGAUCGAGAGUUGGUGGAGAGCGGCUGCGAAGAGAUGCUGGAUCGAGCUAAGGACAACGAAGUGUCAUUUUUGGUUGUUGGAGACCCUCUUUGUGCCACGACUCACACUGACUUGUGGCUGCGUGCGAGGCAAAAGGACAUUGCCGUUCAGGUGCUCCACAAUGCAUCGGUGAUGAACGCAGUGGCCUCCUGCGGGCUUCAGUUGUAUCGUUUUGGUGAGACCGUGUCCAUUCCGUAUUGGCUGGAUGAUUGGCGGCCAGAUAGCUGGUAUGACAAAAUCAUGAAGAACAAGAAAGCAGGCCUUCAUACAUUGUGCUUGCUUGACAUCAAAGUCAAGGAGCAGACAGUUGAAAACCUCAUGCGCGGCCGCAAGAUCUAUGAGCCGCCAAGAUUCAUGACAGUAAAGCAGGCCUUGGAUCAGCUGUGCAAAGUGGAGGAGGAUCGCCAAGAGGGCGUGGCUCCCCCAGACGCAUGCUGCUUUGGCUUGGCUCGGCUGGGCCGGGAAGACCAGGUGAUUCGAGCUGGUCCCGUGCACAAGAUCGCGGAGCUGGAUUUUGGAGGACCUUUGCACUCGUUGGUCAUUUGCGCAGAAGAGCUGCAUGAGCUUGAACAAGAGUUUGUUGACUUCUACGCGUAAAA